AUGUCAUUGCAGAGAUUAGUUCAACAUCAACCAACCCAACACCCCACUUCGGAGGAAUUGAGCAUUGGGAAGAUCAAGCUCAAAGCUUUUGAUUUGGUUAUCAAGUUCACUAUUACAAGUUUGCAGUUAUCUUGUUCAUGGUCAACUUUUGUCAUAAGCCUAUCAAAACCAAAGGUGAAAGCUGUUGUUCAGGAGAAGAAAGAAGAAUUAGUUCUUGACAGCAGCUUAGGGUCCUGUCCAAUGCAAGAGGUAAACAAGGUGUUCAACAUUGCAAUGAAGUGUCUUGAACCAGACCGCUUGAAUAGACUAAACAUGGCUGACGUUGUAAACUUGCUUGAACAAAGCAGUAUCAUGCAAACAUGUUACUACAACAUUUCCAUGUACACUUAA